UCGAAGAAGAGAAGGAGAAGUAUCCAAGAUGUCGCUGAGUGCUUUUACACUGAGAGAUACCUCGUCAACCCAUCCAGAUGUAGAGCUUGCUUUGUCUGACCUUGAGAAGAAGCUUUGUAAGCUCUUCGAGCGAAUAGAGAUAAGAGGCAAGCGUGGUCGAAAGGUCCCCUUUCUCCUCACACCUGAUAUGCUGGCAUCGAUGGAGUUACUUGUCAAAACUCGCCGAAUCUGUGAUGUGCCUGAUGAUAAUCAGUUCAUGUUUGGGAGACCAGAAGCACUCACUCACUUCAGAGGAUCAGAUGUUAUUCGCUGGGUGGCUCGAAGCUGUGGGGCAAACCACCCAGAAGCAUUGUCCUCCACCAAAUUGAGGAAGCACAUGGCUACUAUGUCCAAAGUCCUCAACCUAAAGGACAAUGAAAUGGACGACCUUGCUGACUUCCUUGGCCAUGACAUCAGAGUCCAUCGCCAGUAUUACAGGUUACCUGAAGGCACAUUACAGCUGGCGAAGAUAAGCAAAGUCCUGAUGGCCAUGGAACGAGGACAGCUGGCUGAAUUUAAAGGAAAGAAUCUUGAUGAGAUCAACAUUGAUCCAGAAGAGAAAGUGGUGGUGGACAGUGAAGCAUCAGACGCUGAAGAUGAGGAUGCUGCACCGUCAUCUUCACAAUCGUCAGGCAGGUCAGAUGAAAACGUGCCACUGGUCGGGGAGGUCUCUGAAGCAACGCUACCACAAAGCACUACAUGGUAA